AUGGAAAGGGCAAUGGAAGGAGCACUGGGAAGGAGCACUGGGAAGGCUAGUAGCUCGAGAAAACCUGGCCCGUCGUGGGAAAUAAAGAUGGAAACCACCAUGAAGAGGAUGAUGCAGGAUUUUAAGAGGGAGAUAAUGGAAGAACUACCAGAGAGAUGCGCGAAGGAUGUUGUCAAAUUAUUAAACAAAUCAGGUGUUAGGUACAAGCCAUUCGCGGAAACACUUUCAGAUCAGUAUUGUUAUGACGAAGGCUGCGGAUCUUACCUCAACGGAGUACCUGAACGGAAAGAAUUUGUUUACGACAGAAAAAGUGACACCCGGAGUGUGUCAUUACCUAAAGAAGAUGUUGACAAGGUGUCGAAAGAGGACAAUAAAGAAGAGGAUUACAUAACACCUGCAAGGACCAAGUGUGACUUCUUAGGGGAUGGCACGCCAGACAAUCCAUGGCAAAUUGCUGAAGAUUUUAAGGAGGCCUCUUCAUCGGAGGUGCCAUCAAAUAUUUUUGAACCUGCCCUCAAAAAUAUGAACAAAGAAGACGAACACAAAGAGGGUGCCUCAGAAGGAUCAAAAAGUGUCAACAGUGCAACCGGGAAGAAUGAAGAUCUACUCCGUCCAGCAAUGAUGUUGAAAUUCCGCAAGACUCUACUCGCCUUAACAACUGAACACAUUGCAGCAGCAGAGAUUUUUGUUCAACUCUGUUGCAAGAGUGAGGUUAUCGAUGCUUACAUUGGAGAUUUGUCUCGUCGUGUUGGGGAUGAUCGGUACUUAUGUGCAGCGUGGAGGUCAUCAUUCCUGAUAGAAGCACAUCGCAAGGGCCACAAAAUAAAAAAUAAUAAUAAGAACGAUGAUCACCUAGCUGUAAGAACUGGAAGCAUUCAACGAGUUAUCGACGAAUAUUUUAGGCGGGACAAGGCAUAUUUUCCAGUUAACAUAUCGAACAAUCACUGGACUACCGUGAUCAUGCACACACCAAAGCAAGAAUUCCAAGUUCUUGACUCAUUAUUUCCAUUAAGUGUGACCAUAGACACUGUCAGGGCUCUGAGACAACAAAUUUCUGCUGACAUCCAAGAGUACAACAAAUCUACAUCUGGAUUUUUCCCUGAUGUGAUAUCUUGGAAUAUAAAAUCAUACGAUAUGCCGCAGCAAAAAGAUGGCAAUUCAUGUGGCUUAUUUGUUCUUCAAUGCAUGGAACAUUGGGAUGGAGAUAAAUGGAAUAAAGAAAUAUCACAGGAGAUGAUAAACGGAUCAAGGAACCUCAUUAACGCACAGAUAGUUCUAGCAACUUCAAAUCUGUUAGAGACGGUGAAAACGAAGGUUGUCCGGAUCUCCAAGAGAUUUACUAAGUAG